AUGGCGAAGAACCGGAACAAGAAGAACAAGGCCAAGAAGAGCGGCGGCGUCGCCGCCAUGGACACCUCUGAGGGCGGCCCUGCCACAUCCACUGCCGCGGACGCCCCACAACCAAUGGACACGUCCAAGGGAAAGCAGCCAUCGUCGGCCACCGCGGCGCUCGGUUCGAUCAACAACCCAAAGGAGCACAGGGACAGCAGUGGAACUGGACGACAGGGAGAUGUGGAGAUCUGGUGGAGAGUUGUGUGUUCUGAUGGAGAAGGGAGACUCUGCUCUGUGUUUGAAGCCUCUCUGGUAGGGUUUCACAGCCAGCUGAUCUGUGCCCAUUGUGGAGAUAUGCCGCAGAAUGUGGAGGCAGAAGCUGCUGCCUUCCUUCACGAGGUAAGGCAUGGGUGGAGCAGGCAGCCAGCUGGCUAA